AUGGAUGACUCCACACUUUUUCUGAAUCAUUCAACGGGAGGACCAAUUAUUGCUGUCCAGGUAGAAAACGAAUUUGGCACUUACAGUAAUGAAGUACAGCAUCUUGAAUAUCUGCGAGAGUUACUCACAAAGAAUGGUAUUACAGAAUUGCUGAUUACAUCAGAUGGCCUUGAAGGCAUGUUGAGGGCCACAUUAUCUGGUGCGCUUCCUACAGCAAAUUUUGGUAAUUUUAACAAAGGCCAAAAAAUCUUCAAAGCAAUUGGAGAUAGCAACCCAAAAUAUCCACUCAUGGUUAUGGAAUUUUGGAGUGGGUGGUUUGAUCACUGGGGUAACAAGCAUCAUUCAGUUAGGUCUCUUUCAUGGUUUCAAAAGAAUUUUCAGCAGAUCAUUAACUAUAAUGCUUCCUUCAAUUUCUACAUGUUUAUGGGAGGCACCAAUUUUGGUUUCAUGGCUGGUGCUAAUGCUGAUAAAGACAAAUAUGAACCCGAUGUCACAAGUUAUGUUUCACAUUCUCUUUUAAGUCCAGCAACAUUCCAACCAACUUCUGGCUCAUAA